AUGGCGCCCAGGCGACUGACUCCAUAUGGUACAAGACGGGCGCUGGGCGGGCUACAAGGCAAUAUGGGGAUGUCUACGGGGUCAAGCGGGAGGGUGCGGGUAAGAAAACCCAGCAUGAGAGCGAAUUGCGCAGCAAAGAUGGCGAGCGUGCCUGAGGAAAUGACCAGGCCUAUCCCGUCCGUUCCAGCACCUGAUAAACACCCAGGAUGA